UCCACACAUCACCUUCCAAUUAACAUUUUAUCAGCCUUUUGACUUCUUGAAAAAGUAACUAGCUGAUUAUAAUGAUCAAAAUGAGUUUCUUAGUAAAAAAUCUUCCACUUUUUUUCACAAUCUUCUUCUUGUUCUUCAACUCUUCCAUUGCUGCAAAUGCAAUAUACAAUAUCCAAAACUAUGGAGCGAAAUCGAAUGGAAAAAUCGAUUCAUCCAAAGCAUUUUUGAGUGCAUGGAGUGCAGCAUGUGCAUCUACUAGCCCGGCCACCAUUUACGUGCCCAAAGGAAAUUACAUGCUUAAAAAUGCAUAUUUCCAGGGUGAAAAAUGCAAGAGCAAGGCUAUUACUUUACGUAUUGAUGGCGCUAUAUUAGCUCCAUCGGAUUAUAGUAUAAUUGGGAAUAAAGAAAAUUGGAUCAAAUUCGACAGAGUUAAUGGAGUUUCUAUCAUCGGAGGAACCUUAGAUGGACAAGGCUCUAGUCUAUGGGCUUGCAAAAACUCUGGCAACAAUUGUCCUCAAGGACCAAUGGGACUUACUUUUUCCAACUCGAGCAACAUAGAUAUCAGUGGAUUAACAUCAAAAAAUAGCCAAAUGUUCCACAUAUUGGUAGAUAAUUGUGAUAAUGUGAAGCUACAAGGAGUAAAGGUGUCUGCUCCAGGAAACAGUCCCAACACCGACGGAAUUCACGUUCAAUAUUCAUCUAGAGUUACCAUUAUGAACUCCCGUAUUGGCACCGGAGAUGAUUGUAUCUCAAUUGGCCCCGGCACCUCCAACUUGUGGAUCGAAAACAUAGCAUGUGGCCCCGGCCAUGGAAUAAGCAUUGGGAGUUUAGGCUGGGAAUUACAGGAGCCUGGAGUUCAAGAUGUUACAGUUAAAACUGUCACUUUCACAGGAACACAAAAUGGAUUGAGAGUAAAAACAUGGGCAAGAUCAAGCAAUGGAUUUGUCAAAAAUAUUAUCUUCCAGCAUAUAGUUAUGUCUAACGUUCAAAACCCUAUCAUCAUUGACCAAAAUUACUGCCCUAACAAUGAAAAUUGCCCUCACCAGGGCUCGGGUGUAAAAAUCAGUGACAUAAAGUAUCAAGACAUACACGGUACAUCGGCUACAGAAGUUGCAGUGAAAUUUGAGUGUAGCAAGAAAUAUCCAUGCAGUGGCAUAUCCCUUGAAGAUGUAAAUCUUAGCUAUAGAGAUCAACCAGCUGAAGCUUCUUGUGCUAAUGCUGGAGGAAGAGCUUCGGGUUUUCAAAAACCUAAUAGUUGCUUAUAAGUUAUAGAAUAUAGGGAUUAAAUCAACAUCUGUACUAGAAUAUCGUGGCUUUGGAUAAUGAUUUUAUAUUUGCUUAUAAGCAAGGUAGACACUAUAUUAAUGCAGAAUGUAAUCUCGGAAAUGCAGUUAUAUAUUUAACCAGGACCAGAUUUAAAAUGAA